GGCGCGCGGUGAGGAUGCUGGUUCGGGCUCGCCGGUUCACAUGGGCUUGACGUCAGCGGCGCUGUCAGUAAGUGCCCAGCUUUCCCAGCCGCUGCACGCGCCCUCCUUCCCCUCCAUUGUGCGCGAGCCGAACGAUGCGAUCGCCCGCAGCCAUCGCCGCCGCCCAGUAGAGACCACCAGCCCGAAAGCCGAGCGCAGCCGCCCUUCCAAAGCCGAGACAGCCGCGGAUAUACGCCCUCCUCCAAAGCCUCUCCAUUUGCAGUCGACCGGGUUUUAAUGCUUUAGCUAGUCGCCGUGUGACAGAGCGAGAGAGGGGGAAAGAGAGCGGUAGAGAGAGAGAGGGAGAGAGAGAGAGCGAGAGAGAACGAGCGAACGCGUCCGAGAAAGGGGACAGGGAAGAAAAAGGAAGGGAAAAAAGGAUUACCCGUUUUUAACUUCGUAUAUUUUGGAGAAAGAGAAGAGCCGAGGGUCGCCUAACCAUGGGAUGUACACUGAGCGCUGAGGAGAGGGCGGCUUUGGACAGGAGCAAAGCGAUCGAGAAAAACCUGAAGGAAGAUGGAAUCACUGCUGCAAAAGACGUGAAAUUACUCCUGCUAGGGGCAGGUGAAUCGGGCAAAAGUACCAUCGUCAAACAGAUGAAGAUCAUCCACGAGGACGGCUUUUCUGGGGAUGACGUGAAGCAGUACAAACCCGUGGUCUUCAGCAACACCAUCCAGUCCCUGGCGGCCAUCGUGCGUGCCAUGGACACGCUGGGCUUGGAGUACGGGGACAAGGAGAGGAAAGCUGACGCCAAGAUGGUGUGUGACGUGGUGAGCCGCAUGGAGGACACGGAGCCCUACUCCCCCGAGCUGCUCUCCGCCAUGAUGCGCCUCUGGGCCGACUCCGGCAUCCAGGAGUGCUUCAGCCGCGCCCGCGAGUACCAGCUCAACGACUCCGCUCAAUACUACCUAGACAGUCUAGACCGGAUCGGCGCCGCAGACUACCAGCCCACAGAACAGGACAUUCUCAGGACCCGAGUCAAGACCACGGGCAUUGUAGAAACUCAUUUCACCUUCAAGAAUCUGCACUUCAGGCUGUUUGAUGUCGGAGGUCAGAGGUCAGAGAGGAAGAAGUGGAUCCACUGCUUCGAGGACGUGACAGCCAUCAUCUUCUGCGUGGCCCUGAGUGGCUAUGACCAAGUGCUGCAUGAAGAUGAGACCACGAACCGCAUGCACGAGUCUCUUAUGCUGUUCGAUUCCAUCUGUAACAACAAAUUCUUCAUUGACACUUCCAUCAUUCUCUUCCUCAACAAGAAAGACCUGUUUGGUGAAAAGAUCAAGAAGUCUCCUCUGAGCAUCUGUUUUCCCGAGUACACAGGCCCCAACACCUACGAGGACGCGGCUGCUUACAUCCAAGCACAGUUCGAGAGCAAGAACCGCUCGCCCAACAAGGAGAUCUACUGUCACAUGACGUGUGCCACAGACACGGGCAACAUCCAGGUGGUGUUCGAUGCCGUCACCGACAUCAUCAUCGCCAACAACCUGCGAGGAUGCGGCUUGUACUGACCGCCCCCCCUCCCUCGCUCAACUUGUUUGGUUAUGAUUAUUAUUGAAAAUGCAAGUUGGUAAAUAAUAAUGAUAAUUUUAAGAAAGGCAUACAUAUAUAAAUAUAUAUAUAUAAUAAUGUUUUUAGUUUAUCUCAAAGAGCUGCCAACAGAACGGAUGUCUUAUGGAAACCCAGCCCAUAAUAGUUUUAGGACAGCUUAGGUUUUUGGUCUUAUCCACCCCCCCCCCCCCCCCCCCCCCC